AUGUUAACACGGCAAGGUGCAGCACGAAUUAUAGAAACUGAAUUUCAUCGAUUAGCUGAUAUUGAUGUCGACUUUCCUGAUACUACAUCAUUAAAACCCAUUUUUUAUCGCCCAAUUGAAUUUAUUAUGGCAGAAAAAACAGUUGCAACACUACUUAGUAAAACCUUGGAACAAACACCGAAAUAUUUUGGUAAACCUGAUCACGAUGCUGAUGAAUGGCUCAAGAACCUCACCUCAACAUUUCGCUUGGCGAAUAUUAAUGAAUCACAAGCACUGAAGAUAAUACCAACAUUUUUAGAUGGGCCUACUAAACAUUGGUUCACUGAAAAUAUUACAAUAUUCGAAUCCUAG